AGAUUUACUGUGCUGAAUAAUUGUCCAAGAAAUCCAAGACGAAUGUUUAUAGCGCGCCGGCAAGCAACACAACAAAUACAAAAACUACGUCACGCUUUUCGUCGCGCUUUUGUUGUGGGCAUGGCAUCACAUUUUAAACUAAAUGAAGUCUCGGGUGAUCUGUUCACAGCGCCACCAACUCACUCGCUGGCGCAUUGUGUGGGUGCCGAUCUGGCCAUGGGCGCCGGCAUAGCUGUAAAAUUCAAGGAGGUCUAUGGCAAACUUGACGAGCUAAAUGCUCAGAAUCCUAAGACUGGCAGUGUGGCUGUACUGCAGGACGAUCAACGCUAUAUAUACUAUCUGGUAACCAAAGAAGAAAGCUGGGAGAAGCCCACCUACGAAUCGCUGGAGGCAUCUUUGAAAAAAAUGCGCACGCACAUGCUGGAGCAUGAUGUUAACAAGCUGGCUAUACCACGCAUUGGAUGUGGCAUUGAUGGUCUGGAGUGGGAGAGAGUGACUGCCAUACUGGAUAACGUUUUUGGCAAGGAGCAAAUGGAAAUUGUCGUCUACAGCUUUGUGCCGGGCGGACAUUAAACUUAUUAUUCUUUUGUGUUCAAAUUAGUAGCAUGUCUUUAUUAUUAUGCUUUAGCUGGGACAUAAUUAUAGACUAGCAGCUCGCAGUUAACUGCUUGAAAGAUCUCUGC